AUGGGAUGUGGCACCUCCGUCACCAUCGACAACCAGGCGAGGAGACUGACGACAGGUGAGACAGACUGGGGACAAGUGAUGGUUUUGAUUGUCUUCCCCCAGGUCUCAUGUGGCCUGGUCCCAGAUCUGUUUGGUUUGGCAUGAUGAUAGUCAUAGUAGAAAACCGUAGUUGACAAGACAGUAUAAACAGAUCUGGGACCUGACUACAUCUCGUAGAUAGAUUGUGAAUAUACAGUUUGAUCAUAGAGCACUUUUGACAUCUUUGAGAAUUCAGUAUGUUUAUAAGCCGGCAGCGAUAAAUUAGAAAUCUUGUAGUUUUCACUUCUAGUUGGAUGUUGGUAAACCCUCUCUCUCCCUCUCUCAUGCUCUCUCUCUCUCUCCUCUCUCUAUCUCUCUCUCUCUCUCUAUCUCUCUCUCUCUCUCUCUCUCUCUCUCUCUCUCUCUCUCUCUCUCUCUCUCUCUCUCUCUCUCUCUCUCUCUCUCUCUCUCUCUCUCUCUCUCUCUCUCUCCUCCCUGGUGUCUUGUUAUUUCUACCUCUCUUCCUCUGAGCUGUCUCACUAUAAAUAAUUGUAUUUAAUCACUCCUCACUACAGACAAGACGGCCAAGAACCCUCCCAGCCCUGCACUGAGUAAGAGCCCUCUUCUCACGUCACCCAUAUUACUGAAUCCUAUUGGUCAACCUUACUGUAUCGUUGUGUCCUAUUGGUCAAUGCCCAUGGUCAUCCUGUGUGUCUGCCUGUAUCUUUGUGUUUUUGGACUACCCUCAUGGCUUCAUUUGUUUUCAGUGCUGCUAACUACCAGCAGGGGGCUGUUAUUAAACAGCAAUGUUAUUAAACACAUCUUUUACCCAUCUUCCAUCUCCUCCUGUCAGCUAUGAAGGCAGCCAUCCUGAUCCAGCGCUGGUACAGACGUUACAUAGCCAGGUUAGAGAUGAGACAACGAUACACCUGGAACAUCUUCCAGUCUAUAGAGUAUGCUGGGGAGCAGGACCAGCUACAGGUAAUGGGGACGGAACAGAGGUCCGAGGCCUUGGCUUUAGCCCAGCAGGCCAACACAGUCUGUUAGUACUUGGCCAUAUGAAUACAACUGACUAUGUUUGAAUCUUCCUCAGCUCUCCAGUUUCUUCAAUUUCAUGCUGGACAACUUCACUCAACUCAAUGGGAAUGGCCCAGGUAACUAACAUUUUCUUCUGUUUUCAGGAAUAUUGUUGGACUGUCAGUUCCUGUCACAAAAAAAUGAAAUGCCCGUAAUUAUUUAUAGACUGAACCAAAACCAUCCCGAUCCAUUAAUAGCCUAUGCCUAAAACCUAUUAUGGUGAAGAUGUUGCUUAGCAACCGCAUCCGCAUGCUAUUCGGUUUCUCUGCUGUAGUAAUGUGGAAUAUUGUGUUCCUGUGACUGCUGCUGCUGUCACAGCUGUGGCCUGCCUGUGCACGCACAGACCAACACGUUGCUGCAGAUAAUUAGCCAGCCAGGCCCUUUAGUGGUGAAGACAACAGGCUACGAUGCUCAGACCAUCUUGCCUAUUUUUACGAUUGUGCUUUUAAUUAUACAUACAUCACAGGAGGCUGCUGAGGGGGGGGACAGCUCAUAAUAAUGGCUGGAACGGAGCAAAUGGAAUGGCAUCAAACACUUGGAAACCAUGUGUUUGAUGUAUUUGAUACCAUUCCACUGAUUCCGCUCCAGUCAUUACCACGAGCCCAUCCUCCCCAAUUAAGGUGCCACCAACCUCCUGUGACAUCCAGUAUAUGUGAUCUCUGUGGGUUUGAUCAGAGUAAAUAUGAUAAACUGACUGGUUGUUGACAGACGUGCUCUGAAGAGGGAAGCGACCACUCCAUAGAUAGGGUCUGAGAGAGGUGUGGCUGAAGAGGGAAGCGACCACUCCAUAGAUAGGGUCUGAGAGAGGUGUGGCUGAAGAGGGAAGCGACCACUCCAUAGAUAGGGUCUGAGAGAGGUGUGGCUGAAGAGGGAAGCGACCACUCCAUAGAUAGGGUCUGAGAGAGGUGUGGCUGAAGAGGGAAGCGACCACUCCAUAGAUAGGGUCUGAGAGAGGUGUGGCUGAAGAGGGAAGCGACCACUCCAUAGAUAGGGUCUGAGAGAGGUGUGGCUGAAGAGGGAAGCGACCACUCCAUAGAUAGGGUCUGAGAGAGGUGUGGCUGAAGAGGGAAGCGACCACUCCAUAGAUAGGGUCUGAGAGAGGUGUGGCUGAAGAGGGAAGCGACCACUCCAUAGAUAGGGUCUGAGAGAGGUGUGGCUGAAGAGGGAAGCGACCACUCCAUAGAUAGGGUCUGAGAGAGGUGUGGCUGAAGAGGGAAGCGACCACUCCAUAGAUAGGGUCUGAGAGAGGUGUGGCUGCUGUCAUCUUCAACAACAACAUCUGAUUAUGAUGUCCUGCCUGUUUGUCUCCAGAAAGGAGUGGUGAUGGCUGAACAUUAACCUACUGUAGUGGGCUAUUCAAGAGGAGUAAACAGAGAUGCCCUGAACAUUAACCUACUGUAGUGGGCUAUUCAAGAGGAGUAAACAGAGAUGCCCUGAACAUGGAUAUGUGUUUGACAUCCAGUGUUUUAGUGUGUUAAUAAAAAAGUUAUAUUUUAUUUGAUUCUAUUCAAUUUGAUUCUACUCUAUUUAGGGUUGCAAAAUUCCGGUGACCUACCUAAAAUUCCCAGGUUUUCCAGAAAUUCAGGUUGGAAGAUUCCAGGAAUCAGGAGGCAGUAAGCAGGAAUUCCGGAAGCCUCCAACCAGGAUUUCUGGAAAACCUGGGAAUUUUGGGAAUGUUGACGGAAUUUUGAAACCCUAACUCUAUUUUAUUAAACCUGUGUUCCAUCCUCCAGUUUGAUUCUAUUAAACCUGUGUGUUCCAUCCUCCAGUUGGAUUCUGUUGUAUUAAACUUGUGUGUUCCAUCCUCCAGUUUGAUUCUGUUCUAUUAAACCUGUGUGUUCCAUCCUCCAGUUUGAUUCUGUUCUAUUAAACCUGUGUGUUCCAUCCUCCAGUUUGAUUCUGUUCUAUUAAACUUGUGUGUUCCAUCCUCCAGUUUGAUUCUGUUCUAUUAAACUUGUGUGUUCCAUCCUCCAGUUUGAUUCUGUUCUAUUAAACUUGUGUGUUCCAUCCUCCAUGUUGUCAGAUCUGAUCUCCCACCUGCUUGACCCAGUGGUUGACCCGUGGUCAGACAGAGAAAGACAGACCAAGUAUGAACAGAUCACCGUUCCUGAGUCCUACAGCGGUCCUCACCUCACCUUCCCCCUCACCGUCUCUCACACCAACGCCCUGCUCUCUGCAUUCAAAGAACAACAGGUACCGUACGAUUCAAUUCAAACUUUAUUGUUCCCACUGUGUGCUACAGGACCUGUAUUCUUAAAGCAUUUCAGAGUAGUCGUGCUGAUCUGGGAUCAGGUCCUCCCUGUUCAUGUAAUCUUACUCAUUAUGAUCUAAAAGGCCAAACUGAUCCUGGAUCAGGACUCCUACUCUGAGACUUUAUGAAUACGGGCCCAGGGAGUACAGGAGCUGGUCUGGACAGUAAGGCAGCUUAAUGAAUAAUAACAAACCAACAACCCAUUGCCAUACCUGAUGGUUACCUGUCAUCAUUUCAGCCUCUCCAUGGCAGAUACAUGCUGCAGCUGUUACACGAGACUAAGAAGCUCCUGAAACAGAUGCCAAACGUCAUUCACCUGUCCACACCCUACGCCAAGGAGAUCACAAUAUGUGGUAGGUUGUUGAUAGUGCAUAUUAAAUACUUUUUUAUUGAUUGGAUUGAUAUAGCGCUUUUCCAGAUGAUCACAGCACUUUACACUGUAUAAGGGAAACUAAUCCACCACUCCAAUAUUGUUUUCAGUACUGCUAACUAUGUUGUCCAAUAUUUGACCAUGUAUUGUCUUGUACUUGUUGGUUAAUUUCAUUUAAAGGCCUUUAGUUUUUUUGGGGGAACGUGAGUAUCCAGAUGGCAAGUUGACUAUCUAGUACACAACACUGACUAUCUAGUACACAACACUGACUAUCUAGUACACACCACUGACUAUCUAGUACACAACACUGACUAUCUAGUACACAACACUGACUAUCUAGUACACACCACUGACUAUCUAGUACACACCACUGACUAUCUAGUACACACCACUGACUAUCUAGUACACACCACUGACUAUCUAGCACACAACACUGACUAUCUAGUACACACCACUGACUAUCUAGUACACAACACUGACUAUCUAGUACACACCACUGACUAUCUAGUACACAACACUGACUAUCUAGCACACAACACUGACUAUCUAGUACACAACACUGACUAUCUAGUACACACCACUGACUAUCUAGUACACAACACUGACUAUCUAGUACACAACACUGACUAUCUAGUACACAACACUGACUAUCUAGUACACACCACUGACUAUCUAGUACACAACACUGACUAUCUAGUACACACCACUGCUCCCGGUUGUUUAUUUACAUAAUGAAAAUACUUCAUUUCACCUCAAUGGCCUCCUUCCCUGUAGUCAGAGACGCAUCUCAUCAAACUCAAGAAUGCUUGAGACAAAUGUUAAACACACACAGAACAUGAAUGAUUAAUUCAAUAUAGGAGAGCAUGUUAAUUAACUCUUGAUUAACUCAGUUAACCAAUUAACCCAGUCAUUUUGGUUUCAUAUGCCAUAGAUGGUCUAAUCACGUUUCUAGGAGAAAAGGUCUACUACCUAAUCUUCUAAUGCUUCUAAUUUCCUUCAGGAGAUUUACAUGGCCGACUAGAUGACUUGCUGCUCAUAUUCUACAAGGUAAGGCUCUUGACAUGAUACUGUAUAUGUUAUAGUGUAUGUGUGACACUACAUGAAGAGAAACAAUGGCCUACUUUUUCCAUAAUAACUGUUCAUUAUUCCAUCUCUUCCAGAACGGCCUCCCCUCGGCAGAGACGCCGUACGUGUUCAACGGAGACUUUGUGGACCGAGGGAAGAAGUCUGUGGAGGUCAUCAUCCUGCUGUUUGCCUACCUGCUUCUGUACCCAGACCACAUGACCCUGAACAGAGGCAACCACGAGGACCACAUCAUGAACCUCCGGUAGGUACACAGACCACAUGACCCUGAACAGAGGCAACCACGAGGACCACAUCAUGAACCUCCAGGAGGUACACACACACAGACCACAUGACCCUGAACAGAGGCAACCACGAGGACCACAUCAGGAACCUCCUGUAGGUACACACACACAGACCACAUGACCCUGAACAGAGGCAACCACGAGGACCACAUCAGGAACCUCCUGUAGGUACACACACACAGACCACAUGACCCUGAACAGAGGCAACCACGAGGACCACAUCAGGAACCUCCGGUAGUACACACACACAGACCACAUGACCCUGAACAGAGGCAACCACGAGGACCACAUCAGGAACCUCCUGUAGGUACACACACACAGACCACAUGACCCUGAACAGAGGCAACCACGAGGACCACAUCAUGAACCUCCGGUAGGUACACACACACAGACCACAUGACCCUGAACAGAGGCAACCACGAGGACCACAUCAGGAACCUCGGGCGCAGAUAGAAUUUAAAUGCUAACGUGUUUCUCUAAUAUCACAUCGAUUCAGACCUGUACGAUGCUACAGACACAAAAUCCGAAAACUUUAUUUCAGUUUUUCUUAUAUGCAAGACUCAACAAAUGUUGCUUGGAAUUGUCCUUUGUUACACACAAGAACAUGCAUGACAAGCACAACAUUGCAGUAUAUUAAUGCUGCUCUGUUUUCUGUUUUUCAGAUAUGGAUUCACUAAAGAAGUUAUGCAGAAGUACAAGGUAAAGUCCCCUUCACGGUUCACACAGGACCUAUGUAGUUGUACUUACUUCCAUCUAGUGGCGGCUUCUUGUCAUGACCACUCGGCAGACAUGUAACCUCUCUCUCCUCUGCAGACAUGUAACCUCUCUCUCUCUCUCUCUCUCUCUCUCUCUCUCUCUCUCUCUCUCUCUCUCUCUCUCUCUCUCUCUCUCUCUCUCUCUCUCUCUCUCUCUCUCUCUCUCUCUCUCUGCAGACAUGUAACCUCUCUCUCUCCUCUGCAGACAUGUAACCUCUCUCUCUCUCUCCUCUGCAGACAUGUAACCUCUCUCUCUCUCCUCUGCAGACAUGUAACCUCUCUCUCUCUCUCUCUCCUCUGCAGACAUGUAACCUCUCUCUCUCUCUCCUCUGCAGACAUGUAACCUCUAUCUCUCGCUCUCCUCUGCAGACAUGUAACCUCUCUCACUCUCCUUUACAGACAUGUAACCUCUCUCUCCUCUGCAGAAAUGUAACCUGUUUCUCUCUCUCCACUCUGCAGACAUGUAACCUCUCUCGCUCUCCUUUACAGACAUGUAACCUCUCUCUCCUCUGCAGACAUGUAACCCCCUUCUCUUUAUUCUGCAGACACAUGGUAGGGACAUCCUACUGCUGAUCCAGGAUGUGUUUAGCCUCCUCCCCAUAGCAACAAUCAUCGACAACAAAGUGCUCAUCGUCCAUGGAGGAAUAUCAGACAUGACGGACCUGGAUUUCCUCAGCUCUAUAGAGAGACACAAGGUGAGAACAGACUGUAAACCUACAGGUACUGUAGUGUCCUGUACUGUAGUGUCCUGUACUGUAGGGUCCUGUACUGUAGGGUCCUGUACUGUAGGGUCCUGUACUGUAGUGUCAUGUACUGUAGGGUCCUGGACUGUAGUGUCCUGUACUGUAGGGUCCUGUACUGUAGUGUCCUGUACUGUAGGGUCCUGUACUGUAGUGUCCUGUACUGUAGGGUCCUGGACUGUAGGGUCCUGUACUAUAGUGUCCUGUACUGUAGGGUCCUGUACUGUAGUGUCCUGUACUGUAGGGUCCUGUACUGUAGUGUCCUGUACUAUAGGUCCUGUACAGUAGUGUACUGUACUGUAGUGUCCUGUACUGUAGUGUCCUGUACUGUAGUGUCCUGUACUGUAGGGUCCUGUACUGUAGGGUCCUGUACUGUAGGGUCCUGUACUGUAGUGUCCUGUACUGUAGUGUCCUGUACUGUAGGGUCCUGUAAUGUAGGGUCCUGUACUGUAGGGUCCUGUACUGUAGUGUCCUGUACUGUAGUGUCAUGUACUGUAGGGUCCUGUACUGUAGUGUCCUGUACUGUAGGGUCCUGUACUGUAGGGUCCUGUACUGUAGUGUCCUGUACUGUAGGGUCCUGUAAUGUAGGGUCCUGUACUGUAGUGUCCUGUACUGUAGUGUCCUGUACUGUAGGGUCCUGUAAUGUAGGGUCCUGUAAUGUAGGGUCCUGUACUGUAGUGUCCUGUACUGUAGGGUCCUGUAAUGUAGGGUCCUGUAAUGUAGGGUCCUGUACUGUAGGGUCCUGUACUGUAGUGUCCUGUACUGUAGUGUCCUGUACUGUAGGGUCCUGUAAUGUAGGGUCCUGUACUGUAGGGUCCUGUACUGUAGUGUCCUGUACUGUAGUGUCAUGUACUGUAGGGUCCUGUACUGUAGUGUCCUGUACUGUAGGGUCCUGUACUGUAGGGUCCUGUACUGUAGUGUCCUGUACUGUAGUGUCCUGUACUGUAGUGUCCUGUACUGUAGGGUCCUGUACUGUAGUGUCCUGUACUGUAGUGUAGGGUCCUGUACUGUAGGGUCCUGUAAUGUAGGGUCCUGUACUGUAGGGUCCUGUACUGUAGGGUCCUGUACUAUAGGGUCCUGUACUGUAGUGUCUUGUACUGUAGUGUCCUGUACUGUAGGGUCCUGUACUGUAGUGUCCUGUACUGUAGGGUCCUGUACUGAAGUGUCCUGUACUAUAGGUCCUGUACAGUAGUGUCCUGUACUGUAGUGUCCUGUACUGUAGUGUACUGUAGUGUCCUGUACUAUAGGGUCCUGUACUGUAGGGUCCUGUACUGUAGUGUCCUGUACUGUAGUGUCCUGUACUGUAGGGUCCUGUACUGUAGUGUCCUGUACUGUAGUGUCCUGUACUAUAGGGUCCUGUACUGUAGGGUCCUGUACUGUAGUGUCCUGUACUGUAGUGUCCUGUACUAUAGGGCCCUGUACUGUACUGUAGUGUCCUGUACUGUAGGGUCCUGUACUAUAGGGUCCUGUACUGUAGGGUCCUGUACUGUAGGGUCCUGUACUGUAGUGUCCUGUACUGUAGGGUCCUGUACUGUAGGGUCCUGUACUGUAGUGUACUGUAGUGUCCUGUACUGUAGGGUCCUGUACUGUAGGGUCCUGUACUGUAGGGUCCUGUACUGUAGUGUACUGUAGUGUCCUGUACUGUAGGGUCCUGUACUGUAGGGUCCUGUACUGUAGGGUCCUGUACUAUAGUGUCCUGUACUAUAGGGUCCUGUACUGUAGGGUCCUGUACUGUAGGGUCCUGUACUGUAGUGUCCUGUACUGUAGGGUCCUGUACUGUAGUGUCCUGUACUGUAGUGUCCUGUACUGUAGGGUCCUGUACUGUAGUGUCCUGUACUGUAGUGUCCUGUACUGUAGGGUCCUGUACUGUAGUGUCCUGUACUGUAGUGUAGGGUCCUGUACUGUAGGGUACUGUACUGUAGGGUCCUGUACUGUAGUGUCCUGUACUGUAGGGUCCUGUACUGUAGUGUCCUGUACUGUAGGGUCCUGUACUGUAGGGUCCUGUACUGUAGGGUCCUGUACUGUAGUGUAGUGUCCUGUACUGUAGUGUCCUGUACUGUAGCGUCCUGUACUAUAGGGUCCUGUACUGUAGUGUCAUGUACUGUAGGGUCCUGUACUGUAGGGUCCUGGAGUGUCCUGUACUGUAGGGUCCUGUACUGUAGGGUCCUGUACUGUAGGGUCCUGUACUGUAGGGUCCUGUACUGUAGGGUCCUGUACUGUAGUGUCCUGUACUGUAGGGUCCUGUACUGUAGGGUCCUGUACUGUAGGGUCCUGUACUGUAGUGUCCUGUACUGUAGGUGCCGGGCACAUCUUCUACUGGCCCGGUCUGAAAAGUACUAACCAACAGGCUAGCAGGCUGGCUUAAUUUCCAAACCUGACUGUAGUGAAAAAGAGUGACAUUCAGUCAGUGGGGAUUCAAGCUAACUGUACUCUCUUCUCUCUCUCCUCUUUUCCAGGUGAAAUCUGCCCUGAGGCUUCCUAGGAGGAGUCUGAACUAUCUGGAGGUGACUGGGAGCAGUAGGCAGGUCAGUUCCUGAUACAGUAGGAUGGAGGUGACUGGGAGCAGUAGGCAGGUCAGUUCCUGAUACAGUAGGAUGGAGGUGACUAGGAGCAGUAGACAGGUCAGUUCCUGAUACAGUAGGAUGACUAGGAGCAGUAGUCAGGUCAGUUCCUGAUACAGUAGGAUGACUAGGAGCAGUAGCCAGGUCAGUUCCUGAUACAGUAGGAUGACUAGGAGCAGUAGACAGGUCAGUUCCUGAUACAGUAGGAUGACUAGGAGCAGUAGACAGGUCAGUUCCUGAUACAGUAGGAUGACUAGGAGCAGUAGACAGGUCAGUUCCUGAUACAGUAGGAUGGAGGUGACUAGGAGCAGUAGACAGGUCAGUUCCUGAUACAGUAGGAUGACUAGGAGCAGUAGACAGGUCAGUUCCUGAUACAGUAGGAUGACUAGGAGCAGUAGACAGGUCAGUUCCUGAUACAGUAGGAUGACUAGGAGCAGUAGACAGGUCAGUUCCUGAUACAGUAGGAUGGAGGUGACUAGGAGCAGUAGACAGGUCAGUUCCUGAUACAGUAGGAUGACUAGGAGCAGUAGACAGGUCAGUUCCUGAUACAGUAGGAUGACUAGGAGCAGUAGACAGGUCAGUUCCUGAUACAGUAGGAUGGAGGUGACUAGGAGCAGUAGACAGGUCAGUUCCUGAUACAGUAGGAUGGAGGUGACUAGGAGCAGUAGACAGGUCAGUACCUGAUACAGUAGGAUGACUAGGAGCAGUAGACAGGUCAGUUCCUGAUACAGUAGGAUGACUAGGAGCAGUAGACAGGUCAGUUCCUGAUACAGUAGGAUGGAGGUGACUAGGAGCAGUAGACAGGUCAGUUCCUGAUACAGUAGGAUGACUAGGAGCAGUAGACAGGUCAGUUCCUGAUACAGUAGGAUGACUAGGAGCAGUAGACAGGUCAGUUCCUGAUACAGUAGGAUGACUAGGAGCAGUAGACAGGUCAGUUCCUGAUACAGUAGGAUGACUAGAAGCAGUAGACAGGUCAGUUCCUGAUACAGUAGGAUGGAGGUGACUAGGAGCAGUAGACAGGUCAGUUCCUGAUACAGUAGGAUGGAGGUGACUAGGAGCAGUAGACAGGUCAGUUCCUGAUACAGUAGCAUGGAGGUGACUGGGAGCAGUAGACAGGUCAGUUCCUGAUACAGUAGGAUGACUAGGAGCAGUAGACAGGUCAGUUCCUGAUACAGUAGGAUGGAGGUGACUAGGAGCAGUAGACAGGUCAGUUCCUGAUACAGUAGGAUGACUAGGAGCAGUAGACAGGUCAGUUCCUGAUACAGUAGGAUGGAGGUGACUAGGAGCAGUAGACAGGUCAGUUCCUGAUACAGUAGGAUGGAGGUGACUAGGAGCAGUAGACAGGUCAGUACCUGAUACAGUAGGAUGACUAGGAGCAGUAGACAGGUCAGUUCCUGAUACAGUAGGAUGACUAGGAGCAGUAGACAGGUCAGUUCCUGAUACAGUAGGAUGACUAGGAGCAGUAGACAGGUCAGUUCCUGAUACAGUAGGAUGGAGGUGACUAGGAGCAGUAGACAGGUCAGUUCCUGAUACAGUAGGAUGACUAGGAGCAGUAGACAGGUCAGUUCCUGAUACAGUAGGAUGGAGGUGACUAGGAGCAGUAGACAGGUCAGUUCCUGAUACAGUAGGAUGACUAGGAGCAGUAGACAGGUCAGUUCCUGAUACAGUAGGAUGACUAGGAGCAGUAGACAGGUCAGUUCCUGAUACAGUAGCAUGACUAGGAGCAGUAGACAGGUCAGUUCCUGAUACAGUAGGAUGGAGGUGACUAGGAGCAGUAGACAGGUCAGUUCCUGAUACAGUAGGAUGACUAGGAGCAGUAGACAGGUCAGUUCCUGAUACAGUAGGAUGACUAGGAGCAGUAGACAGGUCAGUUCCUGAUACAGUAGGAUGACUAGGAGCAGUAGACAGGUCAGUUCCUGAUACGGUAAGAUGGAGGUGACUAGGAGCAGUAGACAGGUCAGUUCCUGAUACAGUAGCAUGACUAGGAGCAGUAGACAGGUCAGUUCCUGAUACAGUAGGAUGACUAGGAGCAGUAGACAGGUCAGUUCCUGAUACAGUAGCAUGACUAGGAGCAGUAGACAGGUCAGUUCCUGAUACAGUAGGAUGACUAGGAGCAGUAGACAGGUCAGUUCCUGAUACAGUAGGAUGGAGGUGACUAGGAGCAGUAGACAGGUCAGUUCCUGAUACAGUAGGAUGACUAGGAGCAGUAGACAGGUCAGUUCCUGAUGCAGUAGGAUGGAGGUGACUAGGAGCAGUAGACAGGUCAGUUCCUGAUACAGUAGGAUGACUAGGAGCAGUAGACAGGUCAGUUCCUGAUACAGUAGGAUGACUAGGAGCAGUAGAAAGGUCAGUUCCUGAUACAGUAGGAUGACUAGGAGCAGUAGACAGGUCAGUUCCUGAUACAGUAGGAUGACUAGGAGCAGUAGACAGGUCAGUUCCUGAUACAGUAGGAUGACUAGGAGCAGUAGAAAGGUCAGUUCCUGAUACAGUAGGAUGACUAGGAGCAGUAGACAGCUCAGUUCCUGAUACAGUAGGAUGAAUAGGAGCAGUAGACAGGUCAGUUCCUGAUACAGCAGUAUGACUAGGAGCAGUAGACAGGUCAGUUCCUGAUACAGUAGGAUGACUAGGAGCAGUAGACAGGUCAGUUCCUGAUACAGUAGGAUGGAGGUGACUAGGAGCAGUAGACAGGUCAGUUCCUGAUACAGUAGGAUGACUAGGAGCAGUAGACAGGUCAGUUCCUGAUACAGUAGGAUGGAGGUGACUAGGAGCAGUAGACAGGUCAGUUCCUGAUACAGUAGGAUGGAGGUGACUAGGAGCAGUAGACAGGUCAGUUCCUGAUACAGUAGGAUGGAGGUGACUAGGAGCAGUAGACAGGUCAGUUCCUGAUACAGUAGGAUGACUAGGAGCAGUAGACAGGUCAGUUCCUGAUACAGUAGGAUGACUAGGAGCAGUAGACAGGUCAGUUCCUGAUACAGUAGGAUGACUAGGAGCAGUAGACAGGUCAGUUCCUGAUACAGUAGAUUGACUAGGAGCAGUAGACAGGUCAGUUCCUGAUACAGUAGGAUGGAGGUGACUAGGAGCAGUAGACAGGUCAGUUCCUGAUACAGUAGGAUGACUAGGAGCAGUAGACAGCUCAGUUCCUGAUACAGUAGGAUGACUAGGAGCAGUAGACAGGUCAGUUCCUGAUACAGUAGGAUGACUAGGAGCAGUAGACAGGUCAGUUCCUGAUACAGUAGGAUGACUAGGAGCAGUAGACAGGUCAGUUCCUGAUACAGUAGGAUGACUAGGAGCAGUAGACAGGUCAGUUCCUGAUACAGUAGGAUGACUAGGAGCAGUAGACAGGUCAGUUCCUGAUACAGUAGGAUGGAGGUGACUAGGAGCAGUAGAAAGGUCAGUUCCUGAUACAGUAGGAUGACUAGGAGCAGUAGACAGGUCAGUUCCUGAUACAGUAGGAUGGAGGUGACUAGGAGCAGUAGACAGGUCAGUUCCUGAUACAGUAGGAUGACUAGGAGCAGCAGACAGGUCAGUUCCUGAUACAGUAGGAUGACUAGGAGCAGUAGACAGGUCAGUUCCUGAUACAGUAGGAUGGAGGUGACUAGGAGCAGUAGAAACGUCAGUUCCUGAUACAGUAGGAUGACUAGGAGCAGUAGACAGGUCAGUUCCUGAUACAGUAGGAUGGAGGUGACUAGGAGCAGUAGACAGGUCAGUUCCUGAUACAGUAGGAUGACUAGGAGCAGUAGACAGGUCAGUUCCUGAUACAGUAGGAUGGAGGUGACUAGGAGCAGUAGACAGGUCAGUUCCUGAUACAGUAGGAUGACUAGGAGCAGUAGACAGGUCAGUUCCUGAUACAGUAGGAUGACUAGGAGCAGUAGACAGGUCAGUUCCUGAUACAGUAGGAUGACUAGGAGCAGUAGACAGGUCAGUUCCUGAUACAGUAGAUUGACUAGGAGCAGUAGACAGGUCAGUUCCUGAUACAGUAGGAUGGAGGUGACUAGGAGCAGUAGACAGGUCAGUUCCUGAUACAGUAGGAUGACUAGGAGCAGUAGACAGCUCAGUUCCUGAUACAGUAGGAUGACUAGGAGCAGUAGACAGGUCAGUUCCUGAUACAGUAGGAUGACUAGGAGCAGUAGACAGGUCAGUUCCUGAUACAGUAGUAUGACUAGGAGCAGUAGACAGGUCAGUUCCUGAUACAGUAGGAUGACUAGGAGCAGUAGACAGGUCAGUUCCUGAUACAGUAGGAUGACUAGGAGCAGUAGACAGGUCAGUUCCUGAUACAGUAGGAUGGAGGUGACUAGGAGCAGUAGAAAGGUCAGUUCCUGAUACAGUAGGAUGACUAGGAGCAGUAGACAGGUCAGUUCCUGAUACAGUAGGAUGACUAGGAGCAGUAGACAGGUCAGUUCCUGAUACAGUAGGAUGACUAGGAGCAGUAGACAGGUCAGUUCCUGAUACAGUAGGAUGGAGGUGACUAGGAGCAGUAGAAACGUCAGUUCCUGAUACAGUAUCAUGACUAGGAGCAGUAGACAGGUCAGUUCCUGAUACAGUAGGAUGGAGGUGACUAGGAGCAGUAGACAGGUCAGUUCCUGAUACAGUAGGAUGACUAGGAGCAGUAGACAGGUCAGUUCCUGAUACAGUAGGAUGGAGGUGACUAGGAGCAGUAGACAGGUCAGUUCCUGAUACAGUAGGAUGACUAGGAGCAGUAGACAGGUCAGUUCCUGAUACAGUAGGAUGACUAGGAGCAGUAGACAGGUCAGUUCCUGAUACAGUAGGAUGGAGGUGACUAGGAGCAGUAGGCAGGUCAGUUCCUGAUACAGUAGGAUGACUAGGAGCAGUAGACAGGUCAGUUCCUGAUACAGUAGGAUGACUAGGAGCAGUAGACAGGUCAGUUCCUGAUACAGUAGGAUGGAGGUGACUAGGAGCAGUAGACAGGUCAGUUCCUGAUACAGUAGGAUGGAGGUGACUAGGAGCAGUAGACAGGUCAGUUCCUGAUACAGUAGGAUGGAGGUGACUAGGAGCAGUAGACAGGUCAGUUCCUGAUACAGUAGGAUGGAGGUGACUAGGAGCAGUAGAAGGGUCAGUACCUGAUACAGAGGAUGUUCAGUAUUACAUUAUGUUCUUGUUUUAUUUUAUAUAUGUGUGUUUUAUUGACUAUCAGCGGUAAAGCAAAUUAACCCUCAGGGAUAAUAAAGAUUCUCUACUCUACUCUACUCAGGGCCAAUCAGAGAGCCCCGGAUGUAGGUGCAGGGGUCAGGGCCAGCCAGAGAGUCCCCGGUGUAGGAGCAGGGGUCAGGGCCAGCCAGAGAGCCCCCGGUGUAGGAGCAGGGGUCAGGGCCAGCCAGAGAGCCCCCGGUGUAGGAGCAGGGGUCAGGACCAUGGCAAGACCCCCAAGAAGAGAUGUCACCUCACCAGACAGGGCAGCUGCUCCUCCUCGUCCUCGCUGUGCUCCCCCCGGAGGUCGUCCCGCCUCAGUCCGCGCCCCUGCCUUUCUCCCAGCAUGCCGAGCCCCACCGACGCCCUCCAGGUGCUCUUCCUAACGAUAAUAAUAACAACAAUAAUAAUAAUAACAAUAUUAAUAAUAUUAUUAUUGUUAGGUGCCCUUCCUGGACUCCUUCACCGCCCUCCCCGUCCCUCAGCCGCCCAGGGAGGAGUUGGAGUGGAAACAGGUGAGAGCAGAGCGCCACCUUCAGGCUGGAGGCCAACGGUGGUGGUUGGGUGGUAGAUCUGUUGAGUGGAUCAAGAAGAUAAAAAAAUGACUAAAUAGACUUGUACAAUUUGGCUCCCAGCUCUUUUCUCUUCCUAGUAAAGUUGAUACAUAGUUUAAACAUUGUCUAACAGGAAGUUCUCCUAUGCACCAAUCCUGCGUUACGGUAGUAGUGACCAUUCUUUUUUUUUUUUAUAAUAUGUUUAUUAUUUUCCAAUAAAAAUAAAGUAAAAGAGACAGCAAUACAAACAAUGACAUUCAUUGUACUGUUGGAUGGGAUGGCCAGUUUAGAGGACAAAACAAAAGUUAACUCACACAUACACAAAAUAAAACAAAAUCCUAUUAGGUGGUACGUGUAUAAGAAGACAGCAUAUAGUCAUUACAAGCAGUGUAGUUCAGCCAAAAAUAAAUAUUGAGUGGAGUACAGCACAGAGUAGCAGCAGAUCGUCAGCCCAGUUAUGAAGCGGGACUAGACCAUUUAUCCAGUAUCGGCUGCCAUAUUUUGUAAAACAAUGGACUUCUAUUGGAGGUGUUGUAUCGAAUCUUUUCCAUAUGGAUUACAUUCCCUAAAUCCCGUAACCACAUUUCAAAGGUAGGUACAGUCUCCAAUUUCCAAAAUUGCAAUAUGAGCCUUUUGGCUAAUAGAGUACAAAGAGAGACAGCUUUCCCCUCCUGGUUGUAGUGACCAUUCUUACUGUCUCAUGCUGAAGGUAGUAGAUUUGCUGUGGAGCGACCCGAAGAGCCAGCCAGGCUGCAGUCCCAACACCUUCAGAGGAGGAGGCAGGUACUUCGGGCCAGACGUGACCCACCGUCUGCUGGAGAGACACGGCAUGAGUCUACUGAUCAGAUCACAUGAGUGUAAACAGGAGGGCUACGAACUCUGCCACGACGGACAGGUAAUCUGUUAGGCCUGGUUCAAAUCUCCAUUGAACAUGGUUUUUAGUGUGUCUGGGAAACCAACCCCUGGCUAGUAGACAAUAGGGCUAUCUCUAUAAGAGCUAAGUGUAUUUAGUUUUUCUUUCAGGUGAUCACCAUUUUCUCUGCGUCUAACUACUAUGAGGAGGGUAGUAACCGUGGAGCCUACAUUAAGCUGGGCAGAGAGCUGCUCCCUCGCUUCUUCCAGUACCAGGUCAGCAGGAUCACCAGGAAACUCACCCUGACUCAGAGGUAGGGGCUGGGGCUGGGGGUGGAGCUGGGUCUCACGGUUGCUACUGGUUUCUACACACAGAGGGUGACAAUGAGUUGAUAAUCGUGUGUGGGUGUGUGUCUCUCCACAGGGUGAAUGUGGCAGAGGGUUCGGCUGUAAGGGCUCUACAGGAGAAGCUGUUUGCCCACCGCUCAGAACUCAUGGCUGCCUUUCAGCAGUAUGACACAAGUAACAGUGGUAAGAUAUUUCUGCAAUAACUUAUACAAUAACGUUACGUUAUGGUAGUCCAUCGUAUCCCAUGAUGACUUCCACUUCUGAUUUAACUGUGAAUUCUUUGGUGGAGUCCAAUCCGAGAUCCAAAAACGUUAUUGCAGGUGGGGUAUGUGCAAUCUGUGUUGGUGGGGGCAGCAUGGUUGUAUGUCUCAGUCUGUGUUGGAGGGGGCAGCAUGGUUGUAUGUCUCAGUCUGUGUUGGUGGGGGCAGCAUGGUUGUAUGUCUCAGUCUGUGUUGGCGGGGGCAGACAUGGUUGUAUGUCUCAGUCUGUGUUGGCGGGGGCAGCAUGGUUGUAUGUCUCAGUCUGUGUUGGUGGGGGCAGGCAUGGUUGUAUGUCUCAGUCUGUGUUGGCGGGGGCAGACAUGGUUGUAUGUCUCAGUCUGUGUUGGCGGGGGCAGCAUGGUUGUAUGUCUCAGUCUGUGUUGGCGGGGGCAGCAUGGUUGUAUGUCUCCUGAGCUGUUUUUGCUGUUUCUUUGUGCUCCUCUCCUCCUCCUCUGUACACCGCUCUGGCAGAGCUGCCGCCAGGUGGAAUGGUCGGCAGCAGCGUCCUCCAGGUCUGUGGGUUUGAUGUUGCACUUCUUCAGCAACGUUUUCAGCUGGUCCUUGUAGCACUUCAUCUGCCCCCCUGCAGACCGCCUUGCCAAGCUGGCCAUACAGGAUCUUCCACGGCAAGCGAUCCUGAGACAUUCUAAUGACAUGCCCAAGCCAGCGCAGUUGGUGUUGGGUGACCAUGGCCUCCAUACUCUUGCAGAUGGUCUUAGAAAGUAUUUCUGUAUGGGGAACACGGUCGCACCAGGUGAUUCCCAGGAUGCACUGCAGGCAUCUUAUGUGGAAUCGCCCAGGCUUCCCAGCUGUAAAGGAGUGUGGUGAUGCAGACGGCUUGAUACACGGCGACUUCAGUGUGGAGGUGGAGAUCCCUGUUUUGGAAGACCCUGCGUCUGAGUUUCCUGAAGGCAGCUGAUGCUUGCUUGAUCCUGUUUUGAAUUUUGAGGUUGAUGCUGCAGUCCUCCGAGAGGAUGCUGCCCAGGUAUUUGAAUGAAGGGAAUAUCUCCAGUGAUUUGUGUUCAAUGGUGAAGACAGGCAUGGUGGGUGGAGGGCUGGAUCUCCAUUGGCAGACCACCUCUGUCUUGGUGGUGUUGAUAGACAGUUCCAUCCUGCUAUAGACCCUCACAGCUGCUACAAGGACGGACUGAAGGUCUUCUGGACUGUGGGCCACAAGAACACAGUCAUCAGCAUACUGCAGCUCAAGAACCCACUCCGUCAAAACCUUGGUGGUUGCUUGGAGCCUCCUGAUGUUGAAUAGGUUUCCAUCCAGCCUGAAGUCCACCUCAACCCCAGCUGCUGUCCUCAAGCUCCUUGUGGAGAAGCUGGGUGACACAUAGGAAGAAGAUGUUAAAGAGCACAGGUGCCAGCUAACACCCCUGCCUCACACCGAUGCUUACUCCAAAGGGCACUGACUCCUGCCCUCCUAUGGCCACCCGAGCCAUCAUCCCAUUAUGGAACUGGAAAAGGAUGUUGACUGAUGUGUCUGGACAGCCACAUUUGAGUAGAAUGGUCCAUAGUAGUUCCCUGCUCACAGUGUCGAAGGCCUCACACACACACACACACACACACACACACUGCCUGCCUGCUGUUAAAGAACACCCCAAACUCCUAUGAUAUAGUAAUGUUCUGAGAUGUGUAGCCACCUGCCAUAAAGACCACCUGGAACGUGCCCAUCAUUGUGUAUCAUUAUGUGACUCUGUGCUUUGUGUCUGUUCCAGGCCGUGCCUCUGUUAGUGAGUUAGGCUGUCUGUUCCAGGCUGUACCUCUGUCAGUGAGUUUGUGUCUGUGGUGUGUGUGUCUCUUCCCACUAUGUCCAGGCUGUAUCUCUGUCAGUGAGUGGGCCCUGGUGGUGGAGUCAGUCCUGAGACUGGACCUGCCCUGGAGGACACUGCGCCCACGCCUGGCACGGCUCGCAACAGAUGGCAGCGUCGACUACCAGUCCUGCUUCGAGGACAUGGGCCCGGGACAACCCAUACCCCAGGUCAGAACCAGGAAGAGACUGAUUGAUCCAUUUUAUUGAUUUUUAUUUUGCAACCAAUAAAGCUGUUCAAUAAAGCUGCUCCAUUCACUCAAACUCUCUCUUUAUGUCUUUUGUUCAGGUCACUCCAAACUUGGCUGAAACUCUUUACAGAUAUCGAACAGACCUUGAGAUCAUCUUCAACAUCAUGGACAAAGACCACUCCGGUACAUGUUCCUCUGAUGAUGACUAUUGCAGCUCAUAAGCCUGCUAGCUCACAUCAUGCUACAUGAACCAUUAGCUCGUUAGAAAGAAAACCUUUAGUAUUUCUUAGUUUCUCUCACUGUCUCCCCCCAUCCAGGUCAGAUCUCGGUCGAGGAGUUCCGUCAGACCUGGCGUCUGUUUAGCGCUCACCUGGGAGUGGAUGUGGAUGACCGGGCCAUAGAUGACCUGGCUAAGAGUAUGGACUUCAACAAGGAUGGCAGCAUCGACUUCAAC